AAACGUCAUCAUCUGGCGACAAAUUUAUUUAUGCUGUACUAGAAAGCGACGGGAGUCCUAGCCAUUCUUCUUCAAACAUACUUGUAAAUGGAAUCUGGAGGUGACAGGGAGCAUAUACAAUUCACACAAGGCGGAAAGUGAAGAAUCAGUACCUGCUGUGUUCUCAGAUUAUGAUCCCAGAUGACAACUUCCACUCGCAGGACCGUGUUGUCACUCUACAUGCGGGUAUUUCGCAUUGUCCGAACCUGGCAGGCACAAAGUGGAGUUACAAGUGACACAGAGACUGAGAGAAAGUACAUACUUCAAGAGGCUCGGACUCUGUUCAGACAAAACCAACAGCUCACAGAUCAAGAAUCAAUAAAGAGGUGUAUAGAAGAAUGUGAAGCAAGGAUAGAAAUAGGUCUUCAUUACAGGAACCCAUAUCCAAGGGCCACUUACCUACCACCAUUGGGACUGGCAACUCAGAAGGGCAGGAAGCUGCGGGCACAGCAGCGUCUGAGGAAGCAGGCCAAGCCAAUUUACUUACAGUCACAUGACGAGACCUGAUGCUCCAUAUCCCUGAUCCUCAUCAAGGGUUCGAGUUACCAAGAAUGGCAAACUAGAGUGCAGUCACAUGUGGGUCUCAUGGGCUGAGUUGUUGCAAACAUUAAUAGAGGAACACACACCACUGAGGAAAAAGUCUUUGUUAUACUGAAAACUGUAUAAACAUGAGUUCCUACUUAGCUGAGGAAUUCCAGCUUGUGUUUACUCUGGAACCUUGUCAUUGUGGUGUGGCCUGUGAUAUAAGAUCAAGUUAUAUAUUUAUUCAUUUUCUGUUCAAAUUACUGUAAUAAUUUCUAGCUUUACAUUCUUUUUGUAUAAAAUAUAUUUGUAUAGAGAUAAAUGCUGGUGUUUAAAUUGUCUCAAAAUACAAACACAUCCAUUUCAACAAUAUGUCAUUAGCAGGUAGGUCUUUUUAUUCUAGUAAUACAUUUGUGAAUUGAUGUGAAGAAUUCAUGUAUACAUGUACGAUCUUUGAGACAUACGCAACAAUGACCACACCUUUUAGGAGCCACUUCUGUAGUAUAGGCAGCUUGUUUAUCCAAAUAGAAAAUAUGAAUUAAAUGCUGGCAACAGUACAGAGGAAGUUGGAAAACAAGUAAUUGUCACCUAGUCAUAAUGCAGAUGGUGUACUUCCUAUAAAGUUCUGAGGAACUACAGAGGAAGUACUGAGUCAGGUGGACGUCAGGGAGCCAAAGGACUUACAGUAAGAGGGCCUUUUAAAGUGCAUUGCAUUUUGUUCCUAACGGACAUCCAAGCACAUGCAAUAACAAAAUGGAGUAGAUUUUACCUGAUAGUGUCCAAGAAGACGUCAAAACAGGAACAGGAAUAAAAAAGGAGAUAAAACUGAAAUGAAAGACAUGCCAACUUUGUGAGAAGAAACAAAAGAAACAAAAGCUGGGAAAUAAGUUUAUGAUGGAUUAGGAUUUAAAGCGUAAUGACUUAAAACAUUCAUACUUUAUCAUAUUUUCACCUGUUUGUUUUUUUUCUUUUAAUUACAAAAGGUUUGAGGAAACAGCUUCACUAUCGAGUCCAUUUAGUAGCUGCUGUGGAGGUUUCAGUCAUAUCAUAUGAUCCUCAUCAGAGUUUCCCCACUUGUCAGAGCAUUGUAAACUGUAGUGAAGAUGCUUCAGUUGUGUUUUUUUCUGAUCUGAGGAGGCUGCAGUGAGAUAGCAAAAUCUUUUACUUUGAAAACUAACCCUGUGCUUUGCCUUUUGAGAAAUAUGCCACACUGGUAUAUCAUGCUUAUGCAAGAUCAUAUAUGUCACUGUUGAGUUUCUUAAAAUAUGACAAAUGUGUUGCAUUUUUCUUCUUUGGAUGAAAGAAAUACAGUAAACUGCUUUUCUGGACAUUUUUCAAAUAAUAUACAGUACUACUGUACAUUUGUGCAGUAUACAGACUGUAAUACAGUAUAAGAGGUAGUGGAGAUUUGUUUGGUUAACUGCCUCAGUGAUAUCGUUCAGGGUUAUAUUAAACCUUUAUUAUUUAGACACACACUUGUUAUCUUUAAGUUGUAUGAUUAAGUUUGAAGCUGGACAGAGGAACUACUGGUACUAGUGGUAAUGUAACUCAUUUCAUAUUUGUUUAUGUUCUUGAGCAUGUGGACCUAAACAACAGAUUUGAUGUUUGAUAUGAAGCAUUUGCAGGUUUAAGAUAUAAAAAAUAAAACAUCAGCAAAGUUGAGAAUUGCAGACUUCAAACAUGCAAAUCAUUUGUGGUGAUCUAUAUCAUAUCACAUUAUGUAAUAUUUAUUGAACUCAGCCGAACAGACCUCUUUAACAGGGCCUUUAUUAAGCUUAAUUUUUAACAAGCAUUGUGACUUUUUGUGCAUAAAAUCUCAAACUCUUCAUAUUUUAUAUUCAGAUUAAUAGACUCAGCAAGCUGUUAUGCUAUCCAACAUUUCUAUAUAUUUUGGCUUAUUACAAGAA